GACUCGCUCGUCAGUGUGGUGUGGGUCGCGCGCAGACUUGCUCGUGCUCAAACAGACCGAUCCGUGAGAAUAAAAGAAACAAGCUGAGUUAUUAAUGAAACAACACAAUAAAAUAGAAUAGAGAGCUAGAGAGAGGGGGUAUUUGCGAUGGAAUCGGCUGCAAUGAACUUUCACUGGAAACUCUGAAGCGAAAAAUACCUGGGUAAAAAUAGCCUGUGCUCUGCUCGCGGUGUCUGCAGCUCUGAUGCUCCGGAUCGUCGCUGAUUUCCAGCCCGUUACCGGUGUGUGUGUGUCAGAUAAGCUCAUCAUGGGUGAAGCGUUCACACACACGCAGCGCUGCGGGAAACAUCUGCGACUACUGCUCUUCAUCCUGCUGCCAUGUGUGUGCGGCCUCAUCUGUGUGUGUGUGCUGCUGCUGGCGCUCACAGGUUUAUUUGGGAAUGGCCUGCUGGAUGCUGGGUCUUCUUUGUCCAUAGCGACCGCAGGGCCCUUUAACAGCACCGACCCCGGCCCGAUGAUGGCCGACAACGGUACGAUGUCACCGCAGUCCGGCACGCACCGGGUCGUCCUGACAGACAAUCCUCCACAGUGGGACUCGGCACACUGGAUGCCUCGUGCCGACACCUCUUCAUCCUCAUCCUCGUCUUCAUCGCCGGGCCCCACUUCCGCGGCCCCUAUGGACUGGUGGACGUCUGUCUCCACGGUGACGAGCAUGAGUGCAGACACUGGUUUCUGCUUUGACAUCACGGAGAUUCAGUGUAACAUGCUGCCGUACAACCAGAGCGGUGUGUUGCCAGGGACAACGGUCGUCAAGAGCAGCGAGCUGCAGAUGUUCCUGAAGUUCUUCAGCUACCUGAGUCAACUGUCCUGCUACAGACACAUCAUGCUGUUCGGAUGCUCCAUCGCACUCCCACAAUGCAUCAGUGACCGCAGGACUCUGGUUCUGCCCUGUCAGUCGUUCUGUGAAGCGGCUCGUGAGGGAUGUGAGCCCGUGCUGCAGAUGUUUAACGCGUCCUGGCCGGAGUUCCUGCGCUGCUCUCAGUUCACCAACAACACGGGAACGAACGCCGAAAACACGCCGCUCUGCUACAUGCCGCGACACGCCAAAGGAAAGCUCUCUGCGUGUGGAAGAAGCGAUCACUUCCUGUGUGCGACCGGAAUAUGCAUCCCCCUGAAACUAGUGUGCAAUGGAUACAACGACUGUGAUGACUGGAGCGACGAGGCCGAUUGCACUUGUGCGGAUGGUCAGUAUUUGUGUACUACUGGUCGCUGUAUCAGUUCUGAUCUUCGGUGCGAUGGCUAUGAUGACUGUGGUGAUCUGAGCGAUGAGCAGAACUGUGUGUGUGACCCAACUAAAGAGCAUCGCUGUGGAGAAGGACGCUGUAUUCCUCGAGACUGGCUCUGUGACGGAGAUCACGACUGCCUGGACAAAAGUGACGAGCUGAACUGCUCGUGUAAGUCCCAGGGUUUAGUGGAGUGCAGGAACAAGCAGUGUAUUCCCACCGCGUUCCGCUGUGAUGGUGAAGAUGACUGUAAAGAUGGCAGUGAUGAAGAGAACUGCACACAACAACAGACUCAGGGUCUGUGUCCUCCUGGUCAGUCCAGUUGUACUUCAACCUCCUGCUCCUCUGGCUGUCAUGGAAACACAUCAUGUGACCUGCGCAAUGCUAGCAACAACUGCAGUGGCUGUGAGCCCAUCUCUCUGGAGAUCUGCAUGAAUCUGCCCUAUAACUCCACCCGCUUCCCCAACUAUCUGGGUCAUCACUCUCAGAAGGAGACGUCCAUGAGCUGGGAGUCCUCGCUCUUUCCUGCACUCGUUCAGACGAACUGCUACAAAUAUCUCAUGUUCUUUGCGUGUACAGUGCUUGUGCCCAUGUGUGACCCUGUGACGCAGCAGAGAGUGCCGCCCUGCAGGUCUUUGUGUAGGAAUUCAAAGGAACGAUGUGAAUCAGUGCUAGGAAUUGUGGGAUUACAGUGGCCUGAGGAUACAGACUGCGCUCAGUUUCCAGAGGAAGGUCAAGCAAAUAGUUCCUGUUUGCUUCCUGACCCGGACGUGAAUGAGUGUUCACCCAGUCACUUUAAGUGCCGCUCAGGAAGAUGCGUCCUCUCAUCCAAACGCUGUGAUGGACACACAGACUGUGAUGAUGACAGUGACGAGGAGACAUGCGGGUGUGUGGAGCGGGGCUUGUGGGAAUGUCCCGGAGACAAAACCUGCAUCCAUCACAACAUGAUCUGUGACGGCUUUCCUGACUGCAGCCAACAGGAGGACGAGAACAACUGCUCUGCGUGUAGCAGUCAUGAGAUGGAGUGUACCAAUCAUCAGUGUGUACACCGAUCGCUGUGGUGUGACGGCAGCAGACACUGCUCUGACAGCUCAGACGAGUGGAACUGCGUGUCUCUGUCUGAUGAGGGUUUUGUGACGGUGCAUAAGGCUGGGAUGGAGUAUCGGGUUUGUGCGGAUGGAUGGAGCUCAAACCUCAGCAGCGUUGCAUGCACACAGAUGGGUUUAGGUUCUCCUCUCUCUGCAGACGCAGUGCUGGAUGUGUCCUCUGCUGCGGGACGGAGACACUGGCUGCAUGUUGACCCAGACUGGAAUCCACAGAACAUGUUUCCUCUACAGGGCCUGCUGGAAAAGCGAGGGCAGAGCUGCACAUCAUCCAAGAAGAUCUCACUGAAGUGCACAAGAGACAAAUGUGGCCGUCGGCCUGCUGCCCGGAUGGUGAAGAGGAUUCUGGGAGGCAGAACGAGUCGCCCGGGCCGGUGGCCGUGGCAGUGCUCUCUACAGAGUGAACCCAGCGGACACAUCUGUGGCUGUGUGCUCAUUGGGAACAAGUGGGCACUAACUGUAGCACACUGCUUUGAGGGGCGUGAGAGCGCAGACGUGUGGAAAGUGGUUCUUGGCAUCAAUAAUCUGGAUCAUCCGUCUCCAUACAUGCAAUCACGGCAUGUCAAAAGCAUCAUCGUCCACUCACGCUACAACCGGGCCGUGGUGGACUACGACAUCAGCGUUCUGGAGCUGGAGUCGGAGGUGGAAGUGACCAGUUACGUGCGUCCUGUCUGUCUGCCCGGCCGCGGACAGCUGCCCAAAGCUGACCAGUACUGCCACAUCACGGGCUGGGGACAUGUGGGGAACAGAAUGCCGUUUAAGCUCCAGGAGGGAGAGGUGCGGAUCAUCUCGGUCUCUCAGUGUCAGUCUUACUUCGACAUGAAGACCAUCACGUCACGCAUGCUUUGUGCCGGAUACGAGGCGGGAACCAUUGACUCGUGCAUGGGUGACAGCGGCGGACCGCUGGUCUGCGAGGAGGACGACGGUCGCUGGUCUCUGUACGGUUUGACCUCCUGGGGGUCUGUGUGUUUCUCUAAGGUCCUGGGCCCCGGCGUCUACGCCAAUGUGACGCACUUCACCGAGUGGAUCGAGAGACAGAUUUACCUGCGCACGUUUAACCUGCUGUAGGUGAACACAUACACACUCAUGAACACGCACACA